AUGUCUUUCGCCGGCAGACGCAGAGGAAACAAGGUCAAGAAGGGUGUCCAGUUCACCGUCAUGGUCGUCGGUGCCUCUGGUACUGGACGUACGACCUUCGUGAACACACUCUGCGAGUCCGAAGUCCUCCCCCACAAGGUGUCGGACAGCCCGGACUCGGCGCACGUCGAGGAGGGCAUCAGGAUCAAACCCGUCAACGUCGAACUGGAGGAGGACGGCGUCCGCAUUGCCCUCACCAUCGUGGACACGCCCGGCUUUGGUGACAACAUCGACAACGAGUUCGCAUUCCAGGAGAUCGUGGGCCACCUCGAACGCCAAUACGAUGACAUCCUGGCCGAGGAGUCGCGUAUCAAGCGUAACCCGCGUUUCCGCGACAACAGGGUGCAUGCUCUGCUCUACUUCAUCCCUCCUACAGGCCAUGCUCUGAGGGAAAUGGACAUCGAGCUGAUGCGCCGUCUCUCGCCCCGUGUGAACGUCAUCCCGGUCAUUGGGAAGGCUGAUUCUCUGACGCCCAGCGAGCUGCGGGGCUUCAAGAAAAGGAUCAUGGAGGAUAUCGAGUACUACGAUAUCCCUGUUUAUAACUUCCCCUACGACAUCGAGGAAGACGAUGAGGAGACCAUCCAGGACAACAGCGAGCUUCGCGCUAUGAUGCCAUUCUCGAUUGUCGGUUCUGAGGAGGAAGUUGAGCUCGAAGGCCAGCUCGUCCGCGCUCGGAUAUACCCUUGGGGUAUCGUCGAGGUUGACAACCCGAAGCACUCUGACUUCAGCCGCUUGCGGGGUGCACUCUUGAACACACACUUGGCUGACCUGAAGGCCUUGACCCACGACGUUCUUUACGAGACCUACCGUACCGAGAAGCUUUCCCGGACCGUCAACUCGGAUACACAGGACUCCUCAAUUCUGCCAGAGGAGCUGGCUACCCAAAGUGUACGGCUCAAGGAAGAGCAGCUCCGCAGGGAAGAGGAGAAGGUACGCGAUGAAUGCAUCGAAUUGCGUGUGCAACGCGAGAUCAACGAGAAGAGACAGGAACUCUUAGCGAAGGAAGAAUCACUCAGAAACCUGGAGAGUCGACUCGCUGCACAAGGGUCGCAAUCCGAAUUCCGCGAGUGA